CUGUCAUUCGGUAGCUAACCAGCCGACAGCCGGAGGAGGCGGAGGAGACCCAGCCAGGAAGGUGCACGAAAGAACCAGCGAAACACAGCAACAUAGCAACAUGUCUCUGUCUAACAAACUUACCCUGGACAAGGUGGACGUGAAGGGGAAGCGCGUCAUUAUGAGAGUUGACUUCAACGUUCCAAUGAAGGACAAGCAGAUCACAAACAACCAGAGGAUCAAGGCGGCCGUUCCCAGCAUCCAGCACUGCCUUGACAACGGGGCCAAGUCCGUUGUGCUGAUGAGCCAUCUGGGUCGUCCUGACGGAAACCCCAUGCCUGAGAAAUACUCCCUGGAGCCCGUCGCCGCCGAGCUCAAGACCCUGCUGGGGAAGGACGUCACCUUCCUGAAGGACUGUGUGGGUGCAGAGGUGGAAGCUGCCUGCGCUAACCCCGCUACUGGAUCCGUCAUCCUGCUGGAGAACCUCCGCUUCCACGUUGCCGAGGAGGGAAAAGGCAAAGAUGCCUCCGGGAACAAGACCAAGGCCUCCCAGGAGCAGAUCGACUCCUUCAGGGCGUCUCUGUCCAAACUGGGAGACGUUUACGUCAACGAUGCCUUCGGUACAGCUCACAGAGCUCACAGCUCCAUGGUGGGAGUCAAUCUGCCUCAGAAGGCGGCUGGUUUCCUCAUGAAGAAGGAGCUCGACUACUUUGCCAUGGCUCUGGAGAAACCUCAGAGGCCCUUCCUGGCCAUCCUCGGAGGAGCGAAGGUGAAAGAUAAGAUCCAGCUGAUCAACAACAUGCUGGAUAAGGUCAAUGAGAUGAUCAUCGGCGGCGGCAUGGCCUUCACCUUCCUCAAAGUCCUCAACAACAUGGAGAUCGGUACCUCCCUGUUCGACGAGGAGGGUGCCGGCAUCGUCAAAGAACUGAUGGCCAAAGCCGAGAAGAACGGCGUCAAGAUCACGCUGCCCGUCGACUUCAUCACCGCGGACAAGUUUGAUGAGAAAGCCGCCACUGGCACCGCGACCGUCGCCGCUGGCAUCCCGGCCGGCUGGAUGGGUUUGGACUGUGGACCAGAGAGCUCUAAGGCCUACGCAGAGGCCGUGUCCAGGGCCAAGCAGAUCGUGUGGAACGGUCCAGUUGGUGUGUUUGAGUGGGACAACUUUGCCAAAGGAACAAAGAACCUGAUGGACAAAGUGGUCGAGGUGACCAAAUCCGGCUGCAUCACAAUCAUCGGUGGAGGCGACACAGCAACCUGCUGCGCCAAGUGGGACACAGAAGACAAAGUCAGCCAUGUCAGCACAGGAGGCGGCGCCAGUCUGGAGCUGCUGGAGGGUAAAGUCCUGCCUGGUGUGGACGCCCUGAGCAGCGUCUAAACCCCCCGUCGGCUGGAGUGUGUGUCGGUGUGUGAUUGUGUGUAUGAGAGGUGGGUAGCUACUCGGCCAGACUCCUGUUUACUCCUGAAACAUCCCCGCAAGUGAAAACAAACACACACCACCUUUACCCCGCAGCCUUUCCAUCCUCAGUCUUUGUUGUUUUUAUUGUUUUUUUUUAAACAAUGCAACUCAAAGGAGAACAACUUCCUUCAUCUCAGAUCUGCUGCCAUUAAAAUAGAGCCUUAUUCUAACAUACUUCUACAAGUCAAACCGCUGGAAGUAGGAGACCUUAAUUGUCUUUAAUGGCUCAGUUUUUAACCUCAAGAUGAUAAAACUCGUUAAGGUGGAAGCAGUGGACUCGCUCUCCGCGGCGUCGCUGUCGUCGUUGCUCUUCUUCACGUUCCUUUAAAACAAGACGAGGAUCCGUCACCCCGGAGAAACUCGAACAGUGGCUCUUGUGUGUGUGAACGUGUGUUUUGCUGCGUCACUUUUGCAUAGCUACACUGGGAUCAUCACUGCACCACCCUGAGCGUGUAAACCUGCAGUAUAUAUCUAUAUAUAUAUAUAUAGAAACGGUUAACGUGGUGCGUGUGUGUCUACAUGUUACAUUUUGUCUGUUCACGCUGGCGUCGGCUCUGAUCAUCUGUCAUUGCUGGUUGUUGGUUUCUGAGCGGCUUCGGACUGAGACGUCUCAGCUGAUCUGUUCUGGCUAAUAAAACCGUCUCUGUGUAAA